ACCUCAGAGGAGGCACAUAUCAGCUCCUUUUGUUUUGACGCGCUGUUGGUGGUGCAAGGGAUACCAAGCAUGAGAUCCCUAAGUCUAUUGCUACUCAGCGCCAGCUGCGCGCUAAUCCUAAGUUUAGCCUACGCCCACCCCCCCGAGGGUGUGUGGAAGAAGAAGCUCACCUGGAAGGAGGAUUGGGUGCAGGUGUGGAAGACCGUCAAGAAGGAGGCGUGGGAAACCAAGUGGAAGAAGGUCUCCGUCCCAAUAUGGAAGGAAGUUAAGGUUCCAGUCUGGAAAGAAGAACAAGUUCCCGACUGGAAGAUCGUGAAGAAGCCGAAAAUCGAAGAGAGAGAGGUCCCUGCCUGGAAGGAGGUCAAGGUGGCCGAAUGGAAGAAGGUAACCAAGCCCAUUUGGGUUCCCACCAAGGUGGCCGUGUGGAAGGAGAUCCAGGUGCCCAUCUGGAAGGAGGUCCAGGUCCCAUUCUGGAAGGAAAUACAAGUGCCCAUCUGGAAGGAAGUACAGGUCGCAGACUGGAAGCAAAUGUUUGAGCCCCAAUGGGUGAAAAUGGGCAUUCCCGGUGAAAAAUUCUUGGGCAAGGACCACGAGGGUUGGGAGUACACCAGCCACGAUCUCUGGCGCAAGAAGCUCGUCUGGAAGCCCGUGUGGAAGAAGGUCUGGCGCACCGAAAAGAAGCAGGAGUGGAAGACCGAGAAGAAACAGGAGUGGCGCACCGAGAAGAAGCAGGAGUGGAAGACCGAGAAGGUCCAGGAGUGGAAGCAGGACAAGAAGCUGGAGUGGAAGGACGAGUGGGUUCAGGUUUGGAAGAACGUGAAGAAGCAGAUCUGGAUCAAGGAGAAGCGCGAGACCUGGAUCGAGGAGAAGGUGCAGAUCUGGCGCACCGAGAAGCGCCAGGUGUGGGCCACCGAGAAGAAGCAGGCGUGGAAGGACGAGUGGCAGUCGGUGAACGUGCCCGUGUGGAAGGAGGUCAAGGUGCAGGAGUGGAAGAAGGUGUGGAAGCCCGUCUGGGAGAAGGUGUGGGUGCCGGUGAGCCAUGGCCACGGAUGGGACUAGGUCCGCGGCGGGGGUCUCCGCUUGGCCGCCAGCCAGGCGACAGCACUGAUAUCUGAUAACUGAUCCCGCUGCCCCCGCGGUCUGCGGUCCGCUUCUGCCCCGUACUCCUCCGCAGACCGCCUUUGUGUACAACCCAACCCGCUGAAAUUGUUACAUAGACUUAAAGUUGUAAGCCAUCCCAUGUCCCUCCUGCAUUUUUGUACAAAACACUUCAUACCUUUCGUUAUCUGUUGGCAUUACCACCCAUCUCCCGCCCCUGUCAUCGCUGUCUCUCCCAAGUGUACAAAUUAGUCAUGCGCGCGUUUUUGUCUUUAAGUUAUACGAAAUUCAAUAAAACAACAAAAAUUAUAACAACUUUUGGUAUUUUUAUAUGGGCAAAAAUGUUACAAAAGCCUGCGAAAGCGGUGAAUAAAAUUGUUUUGUAAAUAUGUACUUAAAGUUA